CCUCUUUUCCUCUUUGACAGUUCUCAUCAGUCAUGAGAGCCUAAAAAAAAAGUACCGCACAGAGACAUAAAGCGCGAGAGAGAGAGAGAAUUUUUGAGGCAUAGGCAGAAAGAUCCAACAACAUGGGUUGAGAGUGAAAGAAGAAAAACAGCAGAAGGUGCUGUUGUAGCAGUUGCUAAUCCAGAGCAAACCCAGAACUUGAUUACUAUCGGCAAACCUUUUGAUCUCUGAAUGAUCAGUUUUUACUUCAGAAAAUCCACGCCCAUGAGCAAGAAAAACGUAGGUUUCUCCUGCUAAUAAAUAAUACAUCUGGUAUUGGGUUCAGUUCCAUUAAUUGGAUCCAUUACUGGUCUUCAAUCGGACUGAGAGCAGAUAAGAGAAGUGGUGGUGUUCUUGGCUGGAUUCAUGGCAACCCUGUCACAUCCUGAUUCGAAACGCAAGUAUUCUUGGUGGUGGGGCAGUCACAUAAGCCCCAAAAAUUCCAAAUGGCUUCAAGAGAAUCUUACAGAUAUGGAUGCAAAAGUCAAACAAAUGAUCAAGCUUAUUGAAGAAGAUGCAGAUUCCUUUGCAAGAAGGGCAGAGAUGUAUUAUAAGAAACGACCAGAGCUUAUGAAACUUGUUGAAGAGUUUUACCGAGCAUACCGGGCAUUGGCUGAAAAAUAUGAUCAUGCAACUGGAGCGCUACGCCAAGCUCAUAGGACUAUGGCAGAAGCAUUUCCAAACCAAAUUCCAUUUGAUGACUCACCUGCAGGUUCUUCUGCAAGUGAGAAUGAUCCUCAAACACCUGAAAUGCCACCCCUGAUACGUUCCAGUUUUUACCCUGAUGAGCUGCAAAAGGAUGCUUUGGGACUGUCUCCAUCUGCUUUCCAUGUUUUCAAGAGGAGUGGAGCUUUUACCGAAGAACCUACUGUGACAAGCAGAAAAACUCUAAAAGAGCCUAAUGAUUCGUUUGGCGAAGGAAGGGCAAGAAAAGGCCUUAAUUUUCAAGAUGAAGAGGAGAAAGAACAAAGCACCCAAAAUAAUGGGAGCAAACAUAUCAAUGCUCAAGUUCGUUCCCAGUCUGAGCAAGUGGGUAAAGCUGAGAUGGAAAUUUUGACCUUAAAGGAAACUCUUGCUAAAUUAGAAGCCGAAAAGGAAGCUGUCCUACUUCAGUAUCAACAGAGUCUAGAGAGAUUAUCUGCUCUGGAAUCAGAAGUCUCUAGUGCGCAGAAGGAUUCCAAGGGAUUUGGUCAACAAGCCAGUCAAGCUGAAGCUGAAGUUCAAACUUUGAAGGAAGCCCUUUCCAAACUACAGUCAGAAAGGGAUGCUAGUGUUCUUCAAUACCAGCAGUGUAUGGAAAUGAUAUCUAAGUUGGAGGAUGAAGUCUCUCAUGCCCGGAAGGAUGCUGGAGAACUUAAUGAGCGUGCUAGUAAAACUGAAGUUGAAGCUAAAGCCAUAAAGCAAGACCUUGUAACAGUAGAAGCUGAAAAAGAAGCUGCCCUUGCUCAAUACAAUCAGUGUUUGGAGAUGAUAUCUAACUUGGAGGAGAAAUUACUGCAGGCAGAGGAGAAUGCCAGAAUGACUAGCGAAAGAGCUGAUAAAGCUGAAACCGUAGUUGAGCUCCUGAGGCAAGAACUUGCCAGAUUAACUGAAGAGAAGGAAGCUGCUGCCCUCCAGUACCAGCAAUGCUUGGAGACUAUUGCUGAUCUGGAGCAUAAAAUCUCUUAUGCACAGGAGGAGGCCCAAAGGUUAAAAUGUGAGAUAGAUGAUGGAGUUGUGAAGCUAAAGGGUGCUAAGGAAAGGUGUCUUCUGUUGGAAAAAUCAAAUCAAACUCUUCAGUCUGAGUUGGAGUCUUUGGUGGAGAAGAUGGGGUCUCAAAGUGAAGAACUUACGGAGAAGCAGAAGGAAUUAGGUAGACUUUGGAGUUGCAUACAGGAAGAGCGUUUGCGAUUCGUGGAGGCUGAAACUGCUUUCCAAACUCUGCAGCAUUUACAUGCUGAAUCUCAGGAAGAACUGAGAUCUCUGGGUGAAGAACUUCAAAAUAGGACCCAAAUUCUGAAGGAAAUGGAAACUUGUAAUCAAGGUUUAGAGGAUGAAGUCCAGAGGGCCAAGGAGGAGAACAAGAGCCUGAAUGAGUUCAAUUUGUCUUCAGUUCUCUCAAUUAAAAAUCUGCAAGAUGAGAUCUUAAGUUUGAGGGAGACAAUAGGGAAACUUGAAGAGGAGGUUGAACUUCGAGUGGACCAAAGAAAUGCUCUUCAGCAAGAAAUAUACUGUCUGAGAGAAGAACUUAAUGAGCUGAACAAGAAGCACAUGACUGUGAUGGACCAGGUGGAGUCAGUAGGCUAUGAUUCAGAGUGCUUUGGGUCAUCUGUGAAGGAGUUGCAGGCGGAGAACUCAAAACUAAAAGAGAUGUGUGAAGCAGAGAACGGCGAAAAAGUUCUUCUGUUGGAAAAGUUGGAAAUCAUGGAGAAACUUCUCGAGAAAAAUGUUGUUUUGGAGAAUUCCCUCUCAGAUUUGCAUGUCGAGUUAGAAGGGGUUAAAGAGAGAGUCAAAACAUUGGAAGAAUCCUGCCAAACGCUUUUGGGAGAGAAAUCCACUCUUGUAGAUGAGAAGGCUACCUUGAUUUCUCAAUUACAGAGUACAGCUGCAAAUUUGGAGAAACUCUCCGAGAAAAACAACUUUCUUGAGAAUUCCCUUUUUGAUGCAAAUGCUGAACUUGAAGUAUUGAGGGUAAAAUCCAAGAGCUUAGAAGAUUCAUAUCUGUUGCUUGAUAAGAAGAAGUCUGGCCUGGUCACUGAGCGCGAAAGCUUAGUUUCUCAGCUGGACGUCACUAAGCAAAGACUGGAAGAUCUGGAGAAAAGUUUUUCAGAACUUGAACACAAGCACUCUGAUCUUGAGAAUGAGAGAGAAUGCUCACUUCGUAAACUAGAAGAACUGCAGGCUUCUCUGGACGCUGCACAGCAAGAACAUGCCAGCUUUUCAAGCUCAAGUGAAAAACAGUUGGCUAGCAUGGAAUUACAGAUCCAUGUUCUAGAAGAACAAGGGCAGUGCAGGAAGAAAGAAUAUGAAGAGCAGCAAGACAAAACUUUCAGUGCUCAGACUGAGAUCUUCAUCUUGCAGAAAAGUGUACAUGAUCUUGAAAAAAAAAUCGUCUCUCUUUUGAUUGAGUGCCAAAAUCUGUUGGAGGCAUCCAAAUUAUCGGAAAAACUCAUUUCUGAACUAGAGCAUGAAAAUCUUGAACAACAGGCAGAAUUGAAGUCCGUGUUUGGACAAAUGAAAAAUUUAAGGAUGGGGCUGUAUCAGGUUUUAAAAACUCUUGAGAUUGAUGCAGGCCAUAUGUUUGAAAAUAAGGUCAACCAAGAUGAAGCACUUCUGAGACACAUACUGAGCAAGCUUCAAGAGAAACAGAAUUCUAUCUCUAGGAGUUAUGAUGAAAAUCAGCAGCUACUAAUUGAGAAGUCAGUUCUUGUUACGCAGCUGGGACAACUGAAAGUAGAUGCAGUAAAUGUUAUGACAGAAAGGGACAACCUUGCUGGGGAAUUCAGGAUUCGGUCUGAGCAGUUCUCUGAGUUGCAGAUGGAGAUCGAAAAACUUCUGGGGAUGAAUGAAAAAUUGAGGUUGAAAGUAAUAGAGGGAGAUCACAGAAUCGAGGAGUUGAUAACUGAAACAGAGAAUAUGCGUGGCCAGUUGAUGGACUUGCAAAGCGCCAAUCGGAACUUACAAGAAGAUUAUUUCAAGGUGCUUGGAGAGAAAAAGUCCUUGAUGAAGGAAGCAUUUGAGUUGGUGGGAGAAAAAAGUGACCUAGAAGAAGCUAACUGGGUCUUAUUUGGUGAAAUAAUGUCUCAGUGCAAUAUUUCUUUGAUUUUUAAUAAUAUGGUCAUUGAAAAGUUUUCAGAAGUGAAAGAGCUGACUGAAGAACUGGAUAAACUUCGUUGUAUCAAUAAUGACCUUGAAGAGAAGGAAAGAUUAAUGGAGGGGAAAUUAGAAGAUGUAGAAACGGAAAAUUUAAACCUCAAGGAGUCAUUGAAUGAGUCAGAGAAUGAGUUUGCAUCACUUAAAUCUAUUAGUGAUCAAUUAAGAUUUGAAAUUGCACACGGGAAGGAUCUAUUGUCUCUGAAAGAAAAUGAGCUUUUGGAAGCAGAGCAGAUAUUCAGUGCAACUGAAAAUGAGAAAAGAGAGUUGCAUAAAUUAGUGGGGGAUCUUAAGGAUAAGUAUGACAAGGCUAAAUUGAUAAUCAAAGAUCAGGAGAAGCAGAUUCUGAAAUUAUCUGCAGAUAGUGACGAUCAGAGUAAGGAGAUGGGAUGUGUACGUGAAGUGAAUCAGAAAUUGGAAUCUGACCUGUUUGGACUGUGUGAAGAACUUAGGGGCGCCACAAUUAGGGAAGAAAGCUUGAAUUCUGAAAUGCAAAAGGGAACAGAGGCGAUUAAACUGUGGGAGAGUCAGGCUGCCACAUUUUUUGCUGAACUGCAAAUCUCCAGUGUCCGCGAAGUGUUGUUUGAAGGAAGGAUUCAUGACCUAGCUAUUGCAUGUGAGAGCCUUGAAAGUACGAGUAAUUGCAAAGAUAAGGAGAUUGAAUUGCUGAAAGAAAGAGUUAGCACCUUGGAAGGUGAAAACGAAGGACUGGAAGAAAGCUUGAAUUCUGAAAUGCGAAAGGGAACAGAGGAGAUUAAACUGUGGGAGAGUCAGGCUGCCGCAAUUUUUGCUGAACUGCAAAUCUCCAGUGUCCGCGAAGUGUUGUUUGAAGGAAGGAUUCAUGACCUAGCUAUUGCAUGUGAGAGCCUUGAAAGUAGGAGUAAUUGCAAAGAUAAGGAGAUUGAAUUGCUGAAAGAAAGAGUUAGCACCUUGGAAGGUGAAAACGAAGGACUGGAAGAAAGCUUGAAUUCUGAAAUGCAAAAGGGAACAGAGGAGAUUAAACUGUGGGAGAGUCAGGCUGCCGCAAUUUUUGCUGAACUGCAAAUCUCCAGUGUCCGCGAUGUGUUGUUUGAAGGAAGGAUUCAUGACCUUGCUAUUGCAUGUGAGAGCCUUGAAAGUAGGAGUAAUUGCAAAGAUAAGGAGAUUGAAUUGCUGAAAGAAAGAGUUAGCACCUUGGAAGGUGAAAACGAAGGACUGGAAGAAAGCUUGAAUUCUGAAAUGCGAAAGGGAACAGAGGAGAUUAAACUGUGGGAGGGUCAGGCUUCCGCAUUUUUUGCUGAACUGCAAAUCUCCUGUGUCCGCGAAGUGUUGUUUGAAGGAAGGAUUCAUGGCCUCGCUAUUGCAUGUGAGAGCCUUGAAAAUAGGAGUAAUUGCAAAGAUAAGGAGAUUGAAUUUCUGAAAGAAAGAGUUAGCACCUUGGAAGGUGAAAACGAAGGACUGGAAGAAAGCUUGAAUUCUGAAAUGCGAAAGGGAACAGAGGAGAUUAGACUGUGGGAGAGUCAGGCUGCCGCAUUUUUGGCUGAACUGCAAAUCUCCUGUGUCCGCGAAGUGUUGUUUGAAGGAAGGAUUCAUGGCCUAGCUAUUGCAUGUGAGAGCCUUGAAAAUAGGAGUAAGUGCAAAGAUAAGGAGAUUGACUUGCUGAAAGAAAGAGUUAGCACCUUGGAAGGUGAAAACGAAGGACUGGAAGAAAGCUUGAAUUCUGAAAUGCGAAAGGGAACAGAGGAGAUUAAACUGUGGGAGAGUCAGGCUGCCGCACUUUUUGCUGAGCUGCAAAUCUCCAGUGUCCGUGAAGUGUUGUUUGAAGGAAGGAUUCAUGGCCUAGCUAUUGCAUGUGAGAGCCUUGAAAAUAGGAGUAAGUGCAAAGAUAAGGAGAUUGAAUUGCUGAAAGAAAGAGUUAGCACCUUGGAAGGUGAAAACGAAGGACUGGAAGAAAGCUUGAAUUCUGAAAUGCGAAAGGGAGCAGAGGAGAUUAAACUGUGGCAGAGUCAGGCUGCCGCCUUUUUUGCUGAGAUGCAAAUCUCCAGUGUCCGUGAAGUGUUGUUUGAAGGAAGGAUUCAUGAGCUAACUAUUGCAUGUGAGAGACUUGAAAAUAGGAGUAAUUGCAAAGAUACGGAGAUUGAAUUGCUGAAAGAAAGAGUUAGCACCUUGGAAGGUGAAAACAGAGGACUCCAAGCUCAGUUGGCUGCUUAUACCCCUGCUGUUAUCUCUGUUAAACAUAGCGUAUCUUCUCUGGAGAAGCAUACACUUUUUCAUAGUAGGCUUUCUGCAGUUGAAAAUGAAAAGGCAAAGGAUGUUCUUUUGGUGACUCGCCCACAUGCUGAAAUCUAUCAACAUAUGGAUGAAAAUGGAAUUACCAUGGUGCCAGACGAAUUCUCGGACUUGCAGGAUUUGCAAAGGAGGGUGGAAGCUAUUGAAAAGGCAGUGGUGGAAAUGGAAAGGCUUGCGAUGCUGGAACAACUAAAUGCUAAUGGCAAGCUAGAGGCAGCAAUGAGGGAAAUCGAAGAGUUGAAACUUCAGAGUCACUCGCCUCAAGAAAAUGCUCAAGCAGGCAAGCAUGUUACUCCACACCAACCUGAAGGGAAAAGGGUGCAUGAUAAUGGUCUGAGUCAGGGGAUGCAGACACGGGAGGUCUCUGAUGCAAGAAAUGAAGUUCUGACUAAAGACAUCAUGCUUGAUCAGAUAUCAGAGUGUUCAUCUUAUGGUAUAAGCAGGCGAGAAACUGCAGAGGCUGAUCAGAUGCUUAAGUUAUGGGAAACCACUGACCGGGAUGGCAGCAUUGACCUGAUGGUUGGCAAGGGUCAGAAGGGGGCUAUGGCACAACCCCACAAUCAGAUUGAACCAGUCAAGGAGCACAAACCUUCACGUACCCCUUCAGAGUCAUUACUCGAGAAGGAGUUGGCCGUGGACAAGUUAGAAAUAUCUGGGAGACUUGCUGAGCCCCGUCAGAGAGGGAAUAAGAGGAAGAUUUUAGAAAGACUUGAUUCUGAUGCACAAAAGUUGACAAACCUUCAAAUCACAGUGGAAGAUUUAAAGAGGAAGGUAGAGAAUACUGAGAAAAGUAGGAAGGAUAAAGGUGUUCAAUGUGAUACAAUCAAGGGGCAGCUGGGUGAAGCUGAGGAAUCCAUCAUUAAGUUGUUUGAUGUAAAUCGCAAAUUGAUCAAGACAGUAGAAAAUAGUUCCCUGUCUUUUGAUGGAGUUUCUGCACUUGACUCAGAUGAGAGUAUGAAUGCCAGGAGAAAAUUUUCUGACGAAGCACAAAGAGGGUCUGAACAAAUUGGUCAGUUGCAGUUGGAGGUGCAGAAAGUACAGUUUCUUCUGCUGAAGCUUGAUGACGAGAAGGAAAUGCAAGGGAAAACAAGAAUCACUGACCGAAAACCUAAAGUUCUCCUGCGAGAUUAUCUCUAUGGUGGGGUAAGAACCAACCAGAAGAGAAAGAAAACGACCUUCUGUGCAUGUGUCCGACCUCCAACCAAUGGCGAUUGAAGCAGAUAAAAUUAUUCUGCAUAUAUUGGGGAUGAAAAUAAUUGAGAUAUUAGUUUCAUUCCCUAUAGAGUUUCAUUCAUUGAGAUGUUAGGCCCACAUGUUUUACUUUGUUUUGUAGACAGAAUCUUCUUCGUUGUCUCAGAAAUCCUGCUGUAAAUUUCAGAACCAUAUAAUUUUACGGAUUCUGCUCUUAUGGAGCAUGAUUCGCCCCACCCCAAUUUUCUAUCUUGUAUAAGUAACUUGGGUGCAAACCCAUCUUCUUCAAGGUUA